GCACCAUAUAUUCAGCAGGAACAGGGAUCUGCUUCAAUUACACACAAACAUAACAUACAGCACUAGUUAGAACAUAAUUACCUACAAAACAAUAUUCAGCUAUGAUAAGGGCUGGCGACAAAGGUGUUUUCUGAAAAGGUCCAAAGUCUGUGCGUCUUGGAAGAAGUGUCCCAUCCUGAGAGCUAGGAAGCAGGUUUAAAGAGCACCAUGGCAAUUAAAGGGAGAGGAACCGUCCAACAAAGAGCACAUUUUGACAUAUGCCUCCUUGUGAAAUCAAAGACCCUACAGAGAUUUUUAAUAUUUCUGACUGGAAUGGCGAUCCUGGGGAUGCUGCUCACCUACAAGGACGUGGUGUUUAACCGAUCGCCGCAGGAAACUCUCGAAGACUAUGACAGCUAUGGUGAUCAUUUGGACAGAGAGCUCCGUGAAGAGCAAGCAACCGAGAGUACUCCGAAUGAAAAUGCAGAGGCAAUCCCAUAUGAGGAUGCAGAGGAAAUCCCCCAUGAGAAUGCAGAGGAAAUCCCCCAUGAGAAUGCAGAGGAAACCCCCCAUGAGAAUGCAGAGGAAAUCCCCCAUGAGAAUGCAGAGGGAAUCCCCCAUGAGAAUGCAGAGGGAAUCCCCCAUGAGAAUGCAGAGGGAAUCCCACAUGAGAAUGCAGAGGGAAUCCCACAUGAGAAUGCAGAGGGAAUCCCACAUGAGAAUGCAGAGGCAAUCCCACAUGAGAAUGCAGAGGCAAUCCCACAUGAGAAUGCAGAGGUGAUCCCACAUGAGAAUGCAGAGGCAAUCCCACAUGAGAAUGCAGAGGCGAUCCCACAUGAGAAUGCAGAGGUGAUCCCACAUGAGAAUGCAGAGGCAAUCCCACAUGAGAAUGCAGAGGCGAUCCCACAUGAGAAUGCAGAAGCGAUCCCACAUGAGAAUGCAGAAGCGAUCCCACAUGAGAAUGCAGAGGCAAUCCCACAUGAGAAUGUAGAGGCAAUCCCACUUGUACAAGUCAACAUAAAAUCCUUCAACGUGAGCACCAAACCUAUUGUCACCACAAAGUCCUUCAAUCUGACUGCCAAACCUAUUGUCGCCACAAAGGCCUUCAAUGUUACUCCUAAACAGAUAAUCAAAACAAAACUCUUCAAUGUGACCACAAGGCCCCAAUCAGUAACUACCAAUAAUUUCAAAGAGAAGACAAAGGCUCAUGAUAUUCCUGGCAGACUCUCAAUUGUGACAGCAAAGAGUUCUAAUUUAGUAACUGUAGGUCAUAACGUGGCCAAGAAUUCUUCAGAUGUGAUCAUCAAGAAUUACAACUUGACCAUGAUGUUUAAGGCUAACACAACAGCCCUUUCUAAACCCAUUAAACUCCAAAAACCCACUCUACCCCCUCUGGACUAUGGGGACACUUAUACUAUGGACGACACGUAUUUAAAAUCCACCUGUCCGAAACGCACAAGAGAUACGCUGCGCACUGGAGAAUUUAAGGAUGUAUUUUUGGAUACCAUUCCAGUUUUGCAAUGGAAAAAAUACGCAAAUGUGUCAGAAUAUCAAAGACUACAAAAAUAUGGGGGGACGUUUGGAUGGAGUGGGGUCACAUGGGACAUUGUGAACGAGACUUUAAACCUACUAAAUGCUUCGAAUGGCGGUUACCUCUUUGACAACUGGAAGGGACGUCACCCGUGUGUGCGUUGUGCUGUUCUAGGAAACGGUGGUAUAAUGAAUGGAUCUGGCAUGGGGAAAGAGAUCGACGCACAUGACUACAUUUUCCGGGUUAAUGGCGCCAUAACAAAGGGAUUUGAAAAGGAUGUUGGAAACCGGACAUCAUUCUUCUUUUUCUCAACAAACACGCUGAUGAAUUCAUUAACUGCUUAUGGAAGGCAAGGAUUCAAACAAGUGCCGCGUUCAGAGGAAACGCGAUUCCUCCUUUUACCGGACCAUGAUCGAGAUUAUCUGCUUGUUCGAGCUGCUCUUACAAACAGCACCAUUGACCGGGGCAAAGACAAGUCCAGAAUCCCAGCCCGCUACUUUGGUCAAAAUUUAACCACAGAACAUUUUAAGAUCCUGCACCCAGACUUCAUGCGUUAUUUGAGAAACAGGUUUCUCUGGUCUCCAAUUUUAAAGACUACGUUUCGGAAUAUAUAUCGUCCGUCCACAGGAGCCGCCAUGCUGCUUGCGGCUGUCCAUACUUGUGAUGAAGUUAACGCUUAUGGAUUCAUGACACCAAACUACGCUAAGUUCUCAGAUCAUUACUACGAUGCCAAAUAUAAAAAGAUUGUUUUCUACGCAAAUCACAGUUUCCGUAAAGAGAUGGAAGUGUGGCAGAAUCUGCACAAAGCGGGCGUUAUCAAACUGUAUAUGAGGAACUGAGGCAGUAAGCGUACAAUCAGAGGACAUGAAUUUGAGGCUUGUAUCAAGUCAAGAUCGGCUGAGACAAAGAAGCGGCUGUUUAAAUCUGCAAAAUGUCCAGUGUCCCGAUACGUGCCUCGACGUAUCUGCAUCAAGGGAGACUGGCAGUGCCAGCCUCGGCAGUCAUGCGAUUGUUCGGCAAUUUUGCAUGACAUGACACGGAAAUUAACGUCUUGAAAUUGUCUUGAUUGACAACCACAAUCAAUGCAACAUAUUGUGUACCAGAGAACAAUAAGUGCUGGUGGGAGAUUUACACUGUUAUUUAUAUAGUAAUCACACUGAUACGGUUUAUUGAGGUGAUGAAGAGUAUGCUGUGCGAUUGCUUUACUUUCUCGUAAAAUACCAAGUAUCCUCAGUGGUGUACAUAUCUGUCCCUCAUGUGAAUAUUUCACCAGGCUGGUCUUUGGGAAUUUGUAGAACACAUCAGGGAUUGGGUACUAUUUACAGGCUUGAAGUCUGUAAUUAUUUAUUAUCUGUUGUAAUUUUGCAAAAGGGAACUAAACUGGCAGUUGGGCUAUCGUUCUAUUUAAUUAAUGUAAUUAUAAUAAUGUAAUAACAGUUCACACUCCCCGUUUGGCUAUAGGAACCAAUCACAGGAUUGGUAAAGAAUGGUGAAGAGUACAGGUAACUAAUCCAGCAUUCUGACUAUGUAAUGAAGUAACACAAAACAAGCCAUUUUCUCUUGUAAAUUGGGUCAUCAAGAAGAAUGCACAUAGGCGUGUUCUAUUAAACCUUAAUCUAGUUUAAAACCCUAAAGGAAACGUUGGCACUCACAGUAAAGCUUUACAGGGAUUUUAUUCCCCUUGUGUCGUCGCUUGUACAGUGGGGUUAGAGGAUGCGGACGUACACAGAGAGGGUGGUCCUAAAUUGAAUUGAGCUUCAAUAAACAAAAUGCUGGUAUUUGAAAACAAGAAGAAUACUUUUUAAUAUUAGACUAUAUUAAUUUUCCAUUCAAGGCAAGUUUAACAAUGAAUUACAUAUAUGUUCUUAUAAUUAGGAUUUUAUAUUUACAGGGUAUUCACUAGAGUGUGAAUUGCCGGGAAUGCUAACUGAAUUUCAAGUUUUAGGUCCAAAUAGUUGAUAAUCAUUGUGGACCUGGAGAAUUUGUCCAAUGUGGCUGUUUCAGACUAAAUACUAAAAUUCACUUUGAAUUCCUAACAUAAAUGUAUAACAAUCUUACAGACAUUAUUAGGGUAAAGACGCUGAUAUAAGUCGGUAAUUCACCUUUCCAUAAGGGAAUGUGUGAGACAGUGUAUGUAUUUAUAGAAGAUCUCACCUACAUAUAGUUUGGCCAUGCUGCUUGUAUAUAGAUCCGAGGAAGACUUAACCUUUACAUGUCCGUACAACAUACUGGAUAAUACACGUCUGUAUAAACUACAUGUAACCUGGUGCCGUGUAACAACACGCAGUGUGCACUGCCACAUACACAGCGAUCAGUGGGAUUAGAAUGACAGCUAUAAAUUAAAUUAUAAUGAACCCUAUUUAUAGAAUAUUUUCCCAGUAAUGGUAUCGCUUAUAUAGAGAGAG